AUGGGCUCGCACGCAGCUUUGACUGAGAGCUCCCUCGGGCGCCCUGCACGCCACCACGGCUCCAGGGCGCUCGCCCGGCGGCACGCACGAGGGCCGAGCUCCGCUUUCUCCCGCAAUCCCGCCGACCGCACGCCGAGUGCGCGUCGAUGCACGCGCGUCCGAGCGGACGCAGGCGAAUCGCCGUCAAUUUACGCCAGGUCGGGCCCCCCGAAGUGCUUCCUCCCAACGAUCUCGGAGAUGGGCGGGCGGCCCAUGUAUAAGGCGUCUGACAGCCGCGUGGUAGUCCCCUUGUUGGAUCCUUCCAAGAGCGGCAACGACGUCCCCUACGCCGUCGCACUCGAGCUCCUGUGCCUCGAGGGCUCCGCCUGCCCCUCCUGUGAGGGGCGCGCCCUCCCAAAGGAGACCCGGGAGGACCAGGACGCGGCGCGCGACGUCUACGAGCUGCACUACGUCCUCGACGGCCACGGGAAGAUGAUCCUCCAGGAGGAGGCGUCCGUCCUGCCGGGCGACACGCUGCUUCUGCCGCCAGGCGCCACGCGCCGCCUGGUGUCGCUGAGCCCGUCGGAGGCCGCCGCGGUCGCCGCCGAGGCCGCCGCGGCGCGCGGCGCGCCGGCGGAGGAGCCCGCCGCGGACGGCGACGCCGAUCCGUGGUGGCGCGGGCGCUACGGCAUGGCGACGCUCGUGGUGUACAUGCCGACGGACCUCUUCGACGUGGAGAACGGCGGGGAGCACAGCCUGGGGGGGUCGGUGGCGGAGCAGCGCGCGACGGAGGCGGCGCGGCGCGCCGCGGCGCGGUGGUAUGAGGGGGAGUGUGUGGGGGAGUUGGCGGACUCGGAGGUGCAGGCGAUCCUGUCGGCGCACCUGCUGUGCGCGGAGACGUGGGCGGCGGACGCGCGGCGCACGGGCCGCGCCGCCGCGGACGCGGACGGCGGCGCCGCGGGGGCGGGGCUGUGGGAGCGCGCCGCGGCCGCGUUCGGCCGCCAGUUCACCGUCGCGCGGGACUGGUUCGGCGUGACGCGGCUCACGCGCGUCUCGAGCGACGGCGACGCCUCGGACGGCCAGGGCGGGUCCGCCACGCCCCAAGUCAAGCCCGCGCCGGCGCCGUCGCCCAACCUGGCGCCCGUCGUCGACCCGCUCGAGUCCGUGCGCCACCGCACGCUCACGGACCUCGCGUCCUUCAGCCUGCCCGGGCAGACGAACCGCCUCGCGCUGGCGUUCGACCCGCUCGCCGAGGACCACGCCGACCGCACGCCCUUUACGUUUGGCGUCGAGGCCUUCGAGAAGGGCCACAAGACGCCCCCGCACCUGCACGCGCGCGGGCACGAGCUCUUCUUCAUCCUCGCCGGCGAGGGCGAGGCGUUCUGCGACGGCCAGCGCUUCCCGAUCGGCCCUGGCGCGAUGGCAAGCUUCCCGCCCAUGAGCAUCCACGGCAUCGACGUGGCCGAGGACAGCGAGCGCGGGAUGUACUGCCUGGAGCUCAUGCUGCCGAACGACGCGUUCGCGGAGUUCGUGCGGUCGGGGGAGUCCGUGGGGCACUUCACGGACGACGAUCUGUGUAUGCUAAUCGCGGUGGGGUGCGGGGGCGCGCCGGGGGUGGAGCAAGGCGCGGCGGGGCAGGACCUGGCGGAGUCGCCGUCGUGA